CCGCCGUGUAAUUGAGGGGUCACGUGAUCCACAAUACACACCAUCCAUUUUGAGAUUUCUGAAUUGUUCCGGUGCGUCUCUUUUGUAACUAUUGAAUAAUUAGAUUUCUUCAACCAAAUACAUUAUAUUUUAAUCGACAGAAUGGCAGAAUCUGGAAAUGAUGAUUUGUCGACUGCAAUAUUACGGCGCAAGGAGAAACCAAACCGUCUCCUUGUUGAAGAAGCCAUAAAUGAAGAUAACUCUGUUGUUUCUCUUUCACAAAAAAAAAUGGAUGAAUUACAGUUAUUUCGAGGUGACACAGUUUUAUUAAAGGGAAAGAGAAGAAGAGAGACUGUGUGUAUUGUAUUAUCUGAUGAUACAGUUACUGAUGACAAGAUUCGUAUUAAUAGAUGUGUCAGAAAUAAUCUACGUGUUCGACUCAUGGAUGUUGUUAGUAUUCAAGCAUGUCCAGAUGUAAAAUAUGGAAAAAGAGUGCAUGUUCUACCCAUUGAUGAUACAGUAGAGGGACUCACAGGAAACUUGUUUGAAGUAUACCUGAAACCCUAUUUCCUAGAAGCUUACAGACCAGUAAGAAAGGGUGAUAUAUUUUUAGUACGAGGAGGUAUGAGAGCCGUAGAAUUUAAAGUUAUUGAAACAGAUCCAUCACCCUACUGUAUCGUAGCACCUGACACAGUUAUACAUUGUGAAGGAGAACCGGUCAAACGUGAGGAAGAAGAAGAAGCGUUAAAUGAAGUAGGAUAUGAUGAUAUUGGUGGUUGUCGUAAACAGUUGGCACAGAUUAAAGAAAUGGUGGAACUUCCCUUAAGACAUCCUCAACUAUUUAAAGCUAUUGGUGUAAAGCCACCAAGAGGCAUUUUAUUAUAUGGUCCACCAGGAACUGGUAAAACUCUUAUAGCUAGAGCUGUUGCUAAUGAAACUGGUGCUUUCUUUUUCCUUAUAAAUGGACCUGAAAUUAUGAGUAAAUUGGCAGGCGAAUCAGAAAGUAACUUAAGAAAAGCUUUCGAAGAGGCUGAAAAGAAUUCUCCUGCUAUUAUAUUUAUUGAUGAACUUGAUGCUAUAGCGCCAAAAAGAGAAAAGACUCAUGGUGAAGUUGAAAGAAGAAUUGUUUCACAGUUAUUAACAUUAAUGGAUGGAUUAAAACAGAGAGCACAUGUUAUUGUAAUGGCAGCGACAAACAGACCAAAUAGUAUAGACGCUGCCCUCCGUCGUUUUGGUCGAUUUGAUCGUGAAGUUGAUAUUGGAAUCCCUGAUGCUACUGGUCGUUUGGAGAUCCUUAGAAUUCACACAAAGAACAUGAAACUAUCAGAUGGUGUUGAUUUGGAACAGAUUGCUCAAGAAACACAUGGACAUGUUGGAGCUGAUUUAGCUGCCCUGUGUUCAGAAGCAGCUUUACAACAGAUUCGAGAAAAGAUGGACCUUAUUGAUUUAGAAGAUGAACAUAUUGAUGCUGAAGUAUUGGAUUCACUAGCUGUUACUAUGGAUAACUUCAGAUGGGCUUUAAGUAAGAGUAAUCCAAGUGCUCUCAGAGAAACAUCAGUUGAAGUUCCUAAUGUUUCAUGGGAAGAUAUUGGUGGUUUAGAAAAUGUCAAAAAAGAGUUACAAGAGUUGGUGCAGUACCCUGUGGAACAUCCAGAGAAAUUCUUGAAGUUUGGUAUGACACCAUCUAAAGGGGUAUUGUUUUAUGGUCCACCAGGAUGUGGUAAAACACUUCUGGCAAAAGCUAUAGCUAAUGAAUGUCAGGCUAACUUCAUUUCGAUCAAAGGACCUGAACUUCUGACUAUGUGGUUUGGUGAAUCUGAAGCGAAUGUCCGUGAAAUCUUUGAUAAAGCAAGAUCAGCAGCACCAUGUGUCCUGUUUUUUGAUGAAUUAGAUUCUAUAGCAAAAUCUCGAGGUGGAAAUGCUGGUGAUGGAGGUGGAGCGGCAGACAGAGUUAUCAAUCAGUUAUUGACAGAAAUGGAUGGUAUGAGUGCCAAGAAAAAUGUUUUCAUUAUUGGUGCGACAAACAGGCCAGAUAUUAUUGACCCUGCCAUAUUGAGACCUGGACGUUUGGAUCAGCUUAUCUACAUUCCCUUACCAGACGACAAAUCUAGAAUAUCAAUUCUUAAGGCCAAUCUUCGUAAAUCGCCUGUGUCUAAAGAUGUUGAUGUUGACUACCUGGCCAAAGUAACACAAGGCUUCAGUGGUGCAGAUUUGACUGAAAUUUGUCAACGAGCUUGUAAAUUAGCAAUUCGUCAGUCAAUCGAAGCAGAAAUUAGAUUCGAAAAACAGCGAGCACAGAAUCCAGACGCAGAUAUGGAAUAUGAAGAAAGUGACCCAGUCCCAGAAAUCUCACGAUCACAUUUUGAAGAAGCCAUGAAAUUUGCUCGAAGAUCUGUUAGUGAUAAUGACAUCCGCAAAUAUGAAAUGUUUGCACAGACAUUACAACAAAGUAGAGGUUUUGGUGGCAAUUUCAGAUUCCCAGGUCAAGGUGGACCAAGUCAAGGACCCAGUCAAGGUGGCACAGAGGGAGGAAACUUUGAUAAUGAUGGGGAUGAUGAUUUAUACAGUUAAAUAAUUCGAACCAUUGAAUCAUCUUGAUAUCAUCUUACAAACAAAAUUAAGUUCUAAAAGCUAAAACUAAAAAAUAUUUAAAAAAGAGACAUUUACAAAAUCAUUAUUUAGAGAAGUCAUUUUUUUGUGUUUUGAUAGACUAAUAUAUCCUCUGUAUGUAAAUAUUGACAGCAAGUGAAACAUUAAAAUAUUAUUUUGGUGGUUUUCAGUUGAUGAUAACACUUCAUGUUUAAAAAUUGUUAUGACUUAGGUUUUUAUUAUUAAAUACAUUUGUUUCUUCUAGCAGAAAUCUUAUUUAUUAAUAUUUAAAUUAUAAUUCUAGUUCAGUUAACACAGGGAAGGUUUCUAUUUCUGUAUUAUGUUAUUUGUGAUACAUGUAAGUGCUGUUGAAUUUUUAACUCAUCAUCCCAUCUUAUCCAUCCUGAGAAUUUUAAGCCAAACAUGUAUCAUUCAUAUGUCUAUAGCAACGCUUUUAUUGUAGUUGAAUUUGCUCGACAACUUGAACAAGUAUUGGCUUGGAUCACUUUUUGAUAAUUACAUUAUUUCAUGUAGUUAUUCAUCACCAUAUAGAACCCUCAAAAAUGGUAACAUAAUUUAAGCUGAAUUGUAUCUUUGAUUUAGGACAACCCAGAGCAGUGCAUAUAUUUAUAAAAUUUGUAGAAAUAACUCUGACUGUCAUUAUGCAUAUAAUAAUUUGCAAAUUGACAGUAUGAAAUGGAAUUUGUUGACACAAGGAAUUUGUAUAUUGUCUACCAGAAUAGGUAUUGUUAACUUUGUUGAUAUGUGCAGUAAAUAUACUUUAUAAAUGUGUGUAAACAUCAUUGAAUGCUAACAUGAUAAUUUGUAUUUAAUUUCAAGGCAUUCUUUAAAUAAAUAAUUGAAACAUA